UUGUGUUGUAAUCACAGGUUGUAAUCAAAAAGAAAAUCUGAUGUUGUGAUUUCAGGUUAGGAUAGCUUAUGAAAAUUGUAAACAAUAUUUUCUAUGAUUACAGAAUAGAUUUUAUAUUUUUAAAUAUGAGUUCCGCAAGCAAAGUUGGGGAAAUAUUUACGGCUGCAGGACAGGCUUUUAACAGACUCGGCGACUUAACUAUGCAACUUCAUCCAAAUUCGGAGUCACCUACUGGAAAAUGGACAGAUGAAGAAAUUGAAAUGCUCCGACAAGUUGUAAAACAAUUUUCAGAUGGCCUUAAUCAAAUCAGUGAGCACAUAAAACGGCGUACGGUAUCACAAAUUAGGACUGCUCUGAAGAAGAAGGCCUUUGAAGAUGCUGGUUUACCAGUUAGACAACUUAGUACACAGCAGCACAGCAAUUUACAACAGUCUAUGAUAAAACAAGAAGUCACAUUAAAUAUGUUAAAUGCAGCAGAAUCAGAAGUAGAUGUGGAAGGUCUUCAUGAAGAAGUUAAAUUGGAGUUUGAUGGUAGCAACGAAGAGGUGUCCACAUAAGAAAUCUGUUUUAUUUAAGAAUGUAUUUUAUAUUUAUCAUUAAGUAUAUUUUUUUCAAUAACAUACUGUAUUAAAUAAACGCCUGUUGUGUUUAAAAAUCAUCUAUAUUGACAACCAUAAGUAAUACUUUGAUUAUUAAAAAAAAUAAAGUUUAUGUGCUCAAAUAUCUAUUUUUU